AUGAACGACGCCGCCCAACCUAAGCGCCGUUUUACGCGGCAAGGGGGCGCGGCUCCCGUGUCUUUGGACACGGGUAUACCAGCCUCAGUACUGGAAGAUCCUCUUUUGAAUGGGGCUAUUGAGAGUCUUUUGCCGAAGAACUACAAUUUUGAGAUCCAUAAGACGGUACAUCAAAUACGAAAGUACCAUGCUCGCUGUGUGGCGCUGCAAAUGCCAGAAGGCUUAACUCUCUGGGCCACAUCGAUUGUGGAUAUCAUUGAGCGCUUUACAGAAGCUACGGCUGUGAUAAUGGGCGAUGUGACCUAUGGUGCAUGCUGUGUGGACGACUAUACCGCCAUGGCGCUAGGGUGCGAUAUGCUUAUACAUUACGGUCACAGCUGCUUGGGUAUGUUUCUGACGCUGACGCCAGUUCCGGUGGAUCAAACGAUGAUUCGCACUCUCUAUGUAUUUGUCGAGAUCCUCGUCGACACAACGCAUCUGCUGCAUUCGAUUCGUGCCAACUUCCCUAGCAAUAGCGCACACUUCCACAAAAAGGUGCUGACGCAGCCCAGUGAGCAGGGGAUGCAGGCUGCUGUGCCAGUGCAGACGUCUGAUGUGGAAAAUCGACCUACGCACUUGGCACUGGUGGGGACAAUCCAGUUCAUCGCCGCCAUUCAGGGCAUCCGCGAUGCCCUUACGAAGGGCCCUGCUGACACGGAGACCCAACGAGCCAUCAGCCUAGGUCAGGUACAUGAGGAAAAACAGGCUGUUACAGCAGAGCCGGAUGUGUAUACGGUGACUGUGCCUCAGAUCAAACCGUUGAGUCCAGGUGAGAUUCUGGGGUGCACGUCACCUAAAUUGGACGCCACGUCGGUGGAUGCAAUACUCUAUGUGGGUGACGGCCGCUUCCAUUUGGAGUCGAUCAUGAUUGCAAACCCCACGAUCCCAGCAUUUCGCUAUGACCCCUAUACCAAGCGGCUCCAGCGCGAGCUGUAUGAUCAUACGUCGAUGCGCCGUCUACGUCAGAGUGCCAUUCGUGACGCCCAGGCCACACUCGAUCGGGGCGAUGCGCUGUCUCAGUCUGCGUGGGGCCUAGUGCUGGGCACGCUUGGCCGCCAGGGAAGCACCAAGGUGCUAGACUACCUAGGCACUUCCUUGCACGAGCGUGAUCCACAUGUGCCUCAAGUGCCGAUUCUGUUAUCGGAACUCUCACCGCAAAAGGCCGAGUUGUUCGGGUCGCAUUUAUCGGUGCUGGUACAGACGAGCUGUCCUCGCCUCUCAAUUGACUGGGGUUCGGCGUUUCCCAAACCACUCUUAAGCCCAUACGAGGCGGCUGCAGCUAUGGGUAAGGCACGCAUGUGGUCCGAGGCGCCGAAUACACUGGGCAUGCAACGGUUUCCCUCUUUCCGAGACCGCUCAGAGGACAUCGACCGUGCAGAUUACCCGAUGGACUUUUACGCAAAUGAUUCAUUGGGACCGUGGACACCGCGUCACGGGCUGGGCGUCCUAAAAAAGUCAGGGCGCAACCACCGUGCGCUGCUGCAAUCCCUCGGCGUACUCAAACCGCGCGAUGUGCCAGCUGCCUCCACAUAA